AUGACUGCUAUGAUUGGCACCCUCUUGUCUUUGUCCCUCCUUGGAGCUUUAUGGUUCCUCUAUGUGGUUGUGCGUCGCCUCGUAUUCCACCCAUUGGCUCGUUUACCGGGGCCACCGCUCGCUGCUAUUACGGGCCAUUACAAGACUUACUUUGACGUGGUUCGAGGAGGACACUGGCUUCGCCAAUUGGACAGGUUACACAACAAAUAUGGCAGCGUCAUUCGUGUUGGCCCUAACGAACUUCACUUCAAGGACCGCCAAGUCUACGACCGUAUUUUCUCCCCAAACAACCACUUCACAAAAGACCAAGGCUUCUACUCGUGUUUUGGCGUCGGAUCAUCGACCUUUGGUGCAACCGAUCCGAUCCAUGCCAAGGCCAACAGGGACUUAUUGGCGCCUUACUUCGACAAGCGGGCAAUGCUUGAUCUCGAAAGUGUUAUCUCCUCGACGGUGGAGCUGCUUGGGACGCGCCUAACGAACCGAGAAGCCCCGAUCGAUAUGUUCUACGGCUUCCGAUGCGCGACCAUGGACAUCAUCACCACUCACUGCUUCGGACGGUCAUCGCAAUUGCUCCAAAUGCCGGACUUGAGGACACCGCUGCUCGUCGAUAUCCAGGACUCGAUCCCCCUUCUGUGGAGUAUGAAAUCUUUCCCGUGGCUUCCUGUUGUCCUGCCAUGGCUUCCGCCAUGGAUAGGGACUGGACCGAAAAGGCAAUACGAUGCCUUUAUGCGUUUGCAUGAAUUUGUCAGCCAAGAAAUUGCACAUGUUGCGAAGCAGGGCUGUGGACAGGGGCCAAAAGGCGGUAUUCCUCGGUGUAUUUACCAAGAUCUGAUAACAGUCUCCCCCUUGGUACACGGGAAAAGGUCCCAUACCUACCUUGUGGACGAAGCACUGUCUCUCAUCCAGGCCGGAAGCGACACGAUCGCCAACACUUGCAUCAUCGGGUUCUUCCACGUUCUCAACAAUCCCUCCAUCCAUGCCCGGUUAACAACUGAGCUCAUUCGAGCGUUUCCCGACUCUCAGGGCCCAUUCGCCUGGUCAGAUCUGCAGAAGGUAUCUUACUUGACUGCCGUGAUUAAGGAGUCCCUCCGACUGUCAAACGGGUUCGUCUCACCCCUUCCGCGAGUUGUUGGUAAGGAUGGUGUGGGACUCAAUGGCGUGGACAUUCCACCAGGGACUGUUGUCAGCGUGGGGCCGAGUUUCAUACACUCAGAUCCAGAGAUAUUCCCUCGUCCAGAAGAGUUUUGUCCCGAGAGGUGGCUAGGAGCCAGUCCUUCCCAAAACAGAUAUCUCAUACCAUUCUCUCGAGGCCCUCGGAUGUGCCUAGGCAUCAACAUGGCGUGGACGGAAUUGUACCUCACGUUUGGGAUUCUCUUUCGAAAGCUGGACAUGGUGAUCACCCAUGGCCCAAGUCCGAAGGAGAUGGCCGACUUUGUUGACUAUUUCGUGCCAGUCUACGGCGGCAAGCAUCUUCACAUACAGGCGAAAUUGAAGGAUCCCUGA